AUGAACAGCUUACGCUUAACACAGUUUUUGGUCUUUCUUGGCCUCUUGCUUUUGGCUUGUGCCAAAAAAUUCAAUGAUGCUGGUGAACAACGUGCCCUGUUGGGUGUACGUCAGCAGCCUGCAGUAGUUUUACCAGCCCAGCAAUGUGUUUGCCAGCCAGGACCACCAGGCCCUCCCGGACCGCCUGGCAAUGUGGGUCCUCAUGGUCAGAAAGGUGACAAAGGCCCCGAUGGUAUACCCGGACGUCCUGGUCCACCAGGUCCCAAAGGACAACGUGGUUCUUCGGGCCGUACAGGCAUUCCCGGUCCCAUUGGGCCACCUGGUCGUCGUGGUAGACGUGGUUAUCCCGGUGAACGUGGUCCUGCCGGUCCACCCGGACCUCCAGGUCCAGCUGGCCCUGCUGGUCCUCCUGGUACAGCAGCGGCUGUUCGUUCAUUGGACGGUGGAUUAUCCCUAAGAGAAUAUGAUGUCAAUGUGGCACCCUAUGAACACGAUGAUUCCGAUGAGAAUGAUUAUGACGACGACGAUGAUGAUGACGAACGCAAAAAGAACUCUGCCCAGUUUAUCACCCAAAUUGGACCACCAGGCCCACCUGGACCUCCUGGUCCUCCAGGACCCGAAGGACCGAAAGGUGAACAAGGUGAUCGUGGUGAAGACGGUGUGCCAGGUGUUCCCGGUCCUAAAGGUCCUUCGGGAAGACGUGGACGAACUGGUGCACCUGGUUUAAUUGGCCCACCAGGAGCACCUGGUGUUCGUGGACCUCGCGGCUAUGUGGGGGAGAGAGGACCUGAUGGACCGCCUGGUCCUGCCGGACCAAGAGGACCGCCCGGUGCUCCAGCUGCUGGAGGUGGAACGGGUACGGGAGGCACUGGUGGCGGAGGCACUGGUGGUACAGGUGGAGGCGGUACUGGAGGAGGUGGUACAGGUGGUGGUACAGGAGGUGGAACGGGUGGUGGUACAGGAGGUGGAACUGGUGGUGGAGGUACUGGUGGAACCGGUGGAGGAGGCACUGGUGGAACCGGUGGUGGAGGUACUGGUGGAACCGGUGGAGGAGGCACUGGUGGUACCGGUGGUGGAGGUACCGGUGGUGGAGGUACCGGUGGUGGAGGUACCGGUGGUGGAGGUACCGGUGGUGGAGGUACCGGUGGUGGAGGUACCGGUGGUGGAGGUACCGGUGGUGGAGGUACCGGUGGUGGAGGCACAGGUGGUACCGGAGGUGGAGGCACUGGAGGUGGUGGCACAGGCGGCACCGGUGGUGGCGGUGCUGGUGGUACUGGCGCUGGAGGCAGAAUUGGCAACCCUUAUGCCCCACGUGGUGGCAGUAUUAAUCGUGUGCCAGUCCGUAAAGUUGUGACACAUCGUGUUCGCACCACAAACGUGAAACCCAACAAAGGAUAUAGUCAGAAAGUCAAUCGCAAUGGGAAUCAAAACCGUAGACGCAAUCGUUUCCGAAAAAGAAUUGUGAAACGUCGACGUGGAAGGUACUUAGGUGAAUUGUAA